AAUUCAAAAAUCAAAGUUUUCUCUCCGAGAAAUCAUUUUUCUUUUUUAAAAAAAAAAGAAGAAGAAAGAAGAGAGUGUUGGAAACCAAAUGUGAUGGGAAGUGGAUUCUCCUCCGUCUUUCCUUGCUUUAAUCAAGCUCACCGUAACCGUCGCCGUCACUCAUCUGCGGCGAAUCCGAUUCAGUCUCUCUGUGAGCCGUUGGAUGAGACUUUAGGCCAUUCCUACUGCUACGUCCCUUCUUCUAACCGCUUCAUUUCUCCCUUUCCUUCCGAUCGAUUUGUUUCUCCUCCUGCUUCUUUCCGGUUAUCUCCUUCUCAUGAACCGGGUCGAAUCCGAGCUUCCGGAUCGUCCGAGCAGCUUCACACCGGCUUUAGAGCUAUUUCUGGCGCUUCCGUUAGUGCUAACACCUCCAAUUCCAAAACUGUCCUUCAGCUUGAAGACUUUUACGACGAUGCCACUGAGAGCAGUUUCCGCGGCGGCGGCGGCGGAGUUAGGAGCAGUGUUGUGAAUGCCAUUGGCUUUGAAGGAACCUCCUCCUUUAGCGCUCUUCCGCUCCAACCUGGUCCGGAUCGCUCGGGUCUCUUCAUGUCGGGUCCGAUCGAAAGAGGAGCCACUUCUGGCCCGUUAGAACCCCCUGCCGGAGAGAUUUCGAGAUCUAGUUCCGCCGGCGUGCAUUUCUCAGCUCCGCUCGGUGGUGCGUACUCGAAGAAGAGACGGAAAAAGAAGAAGAAGAGCCUCUCGUGGCAUCCGAUUUUCGGCGGGGAGAGGAAGCAGCGGCCCUGGGUUCUUCCGGUGUCGAAUUUCGUCGUCGGUGCGAAGAAGGAGAACAUUGUGAGACCCGACGUCGGAGCUACAGCGACGUCUGCCGGAGAGAACGAUUUACAGUGGGCAUUGGGUAAAGCAGGAGAGGAUAGAGUGCAGUUAGCUGUUUUUGAGAAGCAAGGAUGGCUCUUCGCUGGAAUUUACGACGGUUUCAAUGGACCUGACGCUCCGGAGUUUUUGAUGGCUAAUCUCUACCGUGCUGUUCAUAGUGAGUUACAGGGUUUGUUCUGGGAGUUGGAGGAAGAAGAUGAUAAUCCAACAAUACCUAAUUCCUCCGAUGUGACUAGGUUAGCUAGUGAUACUCUAGAAUUAGAGCAGCGAGGUCAAGUUGACGAAAUGGCAAGUUCGAGCUGUCCCGCGACAGGGAAGGAAGACAACGAGAUAGGAAAGAGAUUAACGUCUUCAUCAGAGGUGGUUGAAGUCAAGGAGAGGAAACGGCUUUGGGAGCUUCUUGCAGAGGCUGAAGCAGAAGAUGCGUUAGAUCUUUCAGGUUCUGAUAGGUUUGCAUUCUCGGUGGACGAUGCUAUCAGUGGAGGCAAUGCUGUGUCUGUGGGAAGUAAGAGAUGGAUGCUUUUGUCAAAACUGAAGCAGGGUUUAUCAAAACAGGGCAUUUCUGGGAGGAAGCUGUUCCCAUGGAAGACUGGUGUGGAGGAAAAUGAAACGGAGGAGGUAGAUAAUGUUGAUGUGGAAGAUCGGGUUGAUAAGAGAAGGAAGAGACGAAAGGCGGGUACGAUAGAUCAUGAGUUGGUUUUAAAGGCAAUGUCAAAUGGUCUUGAAGCCACAGAGCAAGCAUUCCUGGAAAUGACUGAUAAGGUUCUCGACACCAACCCUGAGCUUGCACUGAUGGGUUCGUGCUUACUGGUUGCACUGAUGAGGGAUGAUGAUGUGUAUAUAAUGAACAUAGGGGAUAGUAGGGCGCUUGUUGCACAAUGUCAGGUAGAAGAAACAGGUGCGGGUGUGGAGACAUCAGGAAGAGUAGAAGAGAGACGCAUUGAUUUAGAGAAAGAAAAUGUAAACAAAGAGCCUUCGGUCGUGGAUGGUAGCGAUAGUACAGUGAACAAUGAAGCUCCUUUGCCGCAAACGAAACUGGUUGCCCUGCAGCUAACAACAGAUCACAGCACGAGCAUCGAAGAUGAAGUAACAAGAAUAAAGAACGAGCACCCGGAUGACAACCAUUGCAUAGUGAAUGACAGAGUGAAAGGACGGCUUAAGGUGACUAGAGCGUUUGGAGCAGGGUUCUUAAAACAGCCUAAAUUGAACGAUGCUUUACUGGAAAUGUUUCGAAAUGAGUACAUUGGUACAGAUCCAUACAUAUCAUGCACACCUUCCCUUCGUCACUACAGGCUAGCAGAGAAUGAUCAGUUUAUGGUUCUCUCAUCUGAUGGACUGUACCAAUACCUGAGUAAUGAGGAAGUUGUUUCUCUUGCCAAGGAGAAGUUUCCAGAUGGAGAUCCUGCUCAGCAUGUGAUACAGGAACUUCUAGUCCGUGCAGCCAAGAAAGCUGGAAUGAACUUUCAUGAGCUUCUGGAUAUCCCGCAAGGAGAUAGAAGAAAGUAUCACGACGAUUGCACUGUAUUAGUGAUAGCACUUGGAGGAAGCAGGAUCUGGAAGUCAUCAGGAAAGUACCUUUGAGACCAUAAACCACACAAUUUGAAGGCAACGGAAAAAAACUCUUCCCUAUAAAUUAGCCUCUUUUGACGUUUAAUGCAGCAGAAGAAGAUCAAAAGGGUGCCGCCAAGUUGUCUUGCUUUUUGUUUCCUUCCUCUAUGUUUCUUAGCAAAUUUUGGGUCAGAUAGGUUGGGGUUUCUUUUAUUUUAAUAGGGUAGAGAGAUUGGAAUAGAGGUGAUAACUAAAAACAAAAAAAAACCAAAAAAAAAAAAUAUAUGUAAUUAAGGGGGUGGAGACAAAAGGGAAAUACAUAGAACAUUUUUCUCCUGGGAAAGAAAUAUAUAAGAAAAGAAAAAAAUCUUUUAACAUAUAUUUAUUUAUUUACUUCUGUUUGCUUA